AGCCGCAUCCCAUCGGCAGCCGCCUAAACGCCAUCCCUACCUGUCCUGGGAUUCUAGGUGCAAGGGGGGAGUGCAUGUGUGUGUGGGGGUGUAAGGAGCCCAGGAGGGGGGGCUUUUUGUGGCCUGCCGCAGACCAGAGGUGGAGGAAUACAGCAGGCGCCACGGCAACCUGCCGAGCCCCCAUCCAGGCCAGCGCCCCUUACCCACGUGCCGGCUGCCCCCUUGUGCGGAAUCACCCCUCGCCGGGGGGCUGGAACGUGCCUGACAGGUCCUGGAGACGCCUGUUAUACCAUGAUCCACCUUCGUGCCUUUGUUAUGGAUGCAGACAGCCGUGACCAUUUCUGAGAACAGAUCGGACCCGGAUGCCAAACCCUGGCCCUCAGCUUCCACUGGUCUGCAGAGUUCUGAGGAAAAACCACGUGCCGAGACCUGGCUGAGUGGCGGGAACUCCCUGGUCAUCUAGCUCACCAGCGUGAUUUGGAAGCACACAUGACAUAGUGAUGGUUCCUGGUUGGCCUUUAGGGGAGGCAGUUAAAAGUCAGAGUAACGGCGGAUUCAGGGGAAUCGACUGAUAAGAAUAUGAGAAGAUGGUCCGGAGGCAUGUGCCCCCAGCAGUGCAUCCGAGCAUGGUCAGCAGGGGGCGACGUUGCGAUCACAUGCAGGGGGGAAGAACAGGAGGAAUGAUCAGCCCACCGAGCUCCGGGACACAGAGAGAGGGAGGGAGAGAGAGAACAUCAGCUUUUGCAUUCCUGAGUCACUGAACCUACCCUUUCACACCGAGCCCAGGAGACAGAGGGACAGUGUCACUGGUGUACGGACACCCCCAUCCCCCACUGCCUGGAAGACUGCCUACCCACUGUGGUGUUCGCAUGGGGCAGCAGGACCAUGCACACUGCAGGGGAAGGGAAGAAAUGCUGUAUCUGUCCCAGGGGUAGCUGGACAAGCAACUAGAACCAUUACUGGGGGGGUGCGGAGAGGACCGCCGUGAGAUGGAUCGUCACCACCAGGUAGAUGUUAAGAAUGUUGCACGUGUUAUUGCAAUGCUUGACUUCAUAAAAUAAGAAUCUUUUUAUGUAAGCUCAGACCUUAUUUCAAGUAACGGGACCCCCUCCUGAGUCUCUCCCAAGAGGAGUCGUACCAGUUUGGACCUUAAACUUCGAACCGGAAAAUGCAGAUGUGCCCGGUGCAGGUGGAGGCCUCAUAAUCUGUGAAUGUCAGUCCCUGAAGAGUCACACUGCCCCACCCUUAGCAGGAAUCUUAAGGAAGUGGGAGCCCCACCCUUAGCAGGAAUCUUAAGGAAGUGGGAGCCCCACCCUUAGCAGGAGUCUUAAGGAAGUGGGAACCCCACCCUUAGCAGGAAUCUUAAGGAAGUGGGAGCCCCACCCUUAGCAGGAAUCUUAAGGAAGUGGGAGCCCCACCCUUAGCAGGAAUCUUAAGGAAGUGGGAGCCCCACCCUCAGCAGGAAUCUUAAGGAAGUGGGAGCCCCACCCUCAGCAGGAAUCUUAAGGAAGCGGGAGCCCCACCCUUAGCAGGAAUUGCAUGUCUUAAGGAAGUGAACUGGGAUCUGUGCCAACAUGGACGACUCCAGCAUCCUGAGACGCAGAGGUUUCCAGAAGGAGCUCAGUCUUCCCAGGAGAGGCAGCUUCUGCCGGACCAGCAACAGGAAGAGCCUGAUCGUGACCUCCAGCACCUCGCCCACCCUGCCAAGACCCCACUCCCCCUCACAUGGCCCCCCACCAGGGAGCAGCCCCCUGGACAGUCCACGAAACUUCUCCCCUAAUACUGCAGUCCAUUUCUCCUUCAUCCAAGCACGCAGUCACGGACACCAGGCCGAAAGAACCGAUGGCCGCCGGUGGUCCCUGGCCUCUCUUCCCUCCUCGGGUUAUGGGAGCAACACGCCCAGUUCGACGGUGUCGUCAUCAUGCUCCUCCCAGGAGAGGCUGCACCAGCUGCCCUUCCAGCCCACGGCAGACGAGCUGCACUUCCUCACCAAGCACUUCAGCUCUGAGGGCAUCGCGGACGAAGAGGGCCAGUGUUCACCCCCCCCACGGCCCCGCUCACGCAGCCUCAGCCCCGGACGCUCUCCAGUUCCAUUUGACCACGAGAUCAUCAUGAUGAAUCACGUCUACAAGGAACGGUUCCCAAAGGCGACGGCCCAGAUGGAGGAGCGUCUGGCCGACUAUCUGGGCUCCUUCUCUCCGGAGAAGGUGAUUCCCCUGGCGGAUGGAGUGCUCAGCUUCAUCCAGCAGCAGCUGGUCAAGCUCUCCCGUGACUGUCUGCAAAAAUCCCAGCAGGGCCUCAUCACCUCUCGCUACUUCCACGAGCUGCAGGACAACCUGGAGAAGCUGCUGCAGGACGCUCAUGAGCGGUCAGAGAGCACAGAGGUGGCCUUCGUCACACAGCUGGUGAGGAAGCUGAUGUUCGUCAUCGCCCGGCCUGCACGGCUGCUGGAGUGUCUGGAGUUUGACCCUGAAGAGUUCUAUCACCUUCUGGAAGCUGCGGAGGGCCAUGCCAAAACAGGCCAGGGCAUCAAGUCGGACAUCCCCCGCUACAUCAUCAGCCAGCUGGGCCUCACCAGGGAUCCCCUGGAGGAAAUGGCCCAGCUGAGCAGCUAUGACAGCGGUCACCCCGACACCCCCGAGAUGGACGACUCCACUGAGAGUCACAGUGCCUCGGUACAGCAGAUCAAAGCCAUGGCCCCACGAGAGGAAGACUUUGAGAACAUUAAGCUGAUCAGUAAUGGAGCUUAUGGUGUGGUCUACCUGGUGCGGCACAAGGAGACCCGUCAGCGCUUUGCCAUGAAGAAGAUCAACAAGCAGAACCUAAUUCUGAGAAACCAGGUCCAGCAGGCCUUUGUGGAGAGGGACAUCCUGACCUUCGCAGAGAACCCAUUCGUGGUCAGCCUGUUCUGCUCCUUUGAGACGCGCCGGCACCUCUGCAUGGUCAUGGAGUACGUGGAAGGUGGGGACUGUGCCACCCUUCUGAAGAACAUCGGGGCUCUACCCGUUGACAUGGCCCGGAUGUACUUUGCCGAAACGGUUCUGGCUCUCGAGUACCUGCACAACUAUGGCAUUGUUCACCGGGACCUGAAACCUGAUAAUUUGCUCAUCACUUCGAUGGGACACAUCAAGCUCACAGAUUUUGGGCUGUCCAAGAUUGGACUGAUGAGCCUGACCACCAACCUUUAUGAGGGGCAUAUUGAGAAGGACACACGACAGUUCUUGGACAAACAGGUUUGUGGCACUCCAGAGUACAUCGCUCCAGAAGUGAUUCUUCGGCAAGGCUACGGUAAACCAGUGGACUGGUGGGCCAUGGGGAUCAUCCUAUAUGAGUUCUUGGUGGGAUGUGCUCCAUUCUUUGGAAAUACACCAGAGGAGCUCUUUGGACAAGUCAUCAGUGACAUGAUUGUCUGGCCAGAGGAGGAUGAGGCCCUGCCAGCCGAUGCGCAAGACAUCAUCUCUAAACUGCUCCGUCAGAGUCCCCUGGAUAGGCUUGGAACAGGCAGUGCCUUUGAGGUAAAGCAGCAUCGCUUCUUCACUGGCCUGGACUGGACCGGUCUGCUGAGGCAGAAGGCCGAAUUCAUCCCUCAGCUCGAGUCAGAAGACGACACCAGCUACUUCGACACUCGAUCUGACAGGUAUCAGCAUGUGGAUUCUGAAGAGGACACCAAUGAUGAUAAGCUUGUGGAGAUGCGCCAGUUCUCAUCCUGCUCUCCUCGAUUCAACAAGGUUUACAGCAGCAUGGAGCGUCUGUCUCUCGCCGAGGAGAAGCAGACACCACCGGCGACUAAGUGUAGCCUUAGUGAGGAAGGAGGGGAUCGCACCCACAGCCUGUGCGGCCCCAGGUCACAUGACCGUAACUGGAUGGCAGGCUCUCCUGAGAUUUUGCACAAGAGACUGUCCAUGUCGGAGUUGUCCCACGCGGAGAGCGACUCCAGCCCACCGCUGAUGGGGAGGCGACGCUGCUGUUCGGCCAUCAUCGAGAUGCCACGUUUCUCCAUCUCCGGCGAGGUGCCCAGCCCCGCUCAGCCCUUCCACACCCUGAUUGGGGGGACCCUUGGGGAAAAGCUAUUCCUCCCCAUCCCAGAGCGGCCCGCCGAGAGGCGGCUGAAGCUGGAAGCAUCACCCACCUGCAGCCAGCUCAACGAAAUCCCCCCAGCCGCAGGCAGCAAGGGUAACGUGUCAGACUGCGGCGCCACCAAGGGGCCCUCCAGCAACGAUGCCCCCAGGGCCAUCAAUGACCUGGCAGCCCGCCGUACCCGCCACAGGCUGCUCUCGGGGGAGUCGGCGGAGAAACACGGCCUGCGGCCACUCGGCAAGGUCAUCAAGUCGGCCUCGGCCACCAGUCUGUCGCUCCUGGUCCCAGGAGAGCAGCACGGCACCUCGCCCCUGGCCAGCCCCAUGUCCCCCCACUCACUGUCCUCCAACCCCUCCUCACGGGACUCCUCCCCCAGCCGAGACCUGUCGCCCGCCUCGUUCCGCGUCAAGCCAGCCGUCGUCAUCCAUCGCUCCGGCAUGAAGUACGGCUUCACUCUGCGUGCCAUCCGCGUCUACAUGGGUCACACGGAUGUCUACACGAUGCAGCACAUGGUUUGGCACGUGGAGGAGGGGGGCCCAGCCCAAGAGGCGGGGCUUGGAGAAGGUGACCUCAUCACGCAUGUGAACGGGGAGUCCGUACAUGGCCUUGUGCACACGGAGGUGGUGGAGCUCAUCCUCAAGAGUGGCAGCAAGGUGUCGAUCUGCGCAACCCCCUUUGAAAACACUUCCAUCAAGGUCGGGCCCGCCCGCAAGGCUAGCUGCAAGUCUAAGAUGGCACGCCGCCGCAAGGCGAGCCGGACCAAAGAAGCCCAAGACAGCAUUAAGAAGACCACACCCCUGUUUCACAAAAUUACAAAGCAGGCCUCCUUCCUGCACACCAGCCAGAGCCUGACCUCCCUCAGCCGCUCCCUGUCCUCUGGGGAGGGCGUCACCCGCUCCCCCACUCUGGCCCUGUCCCCUCGCUCCCCUACCCAGGCCUACCGCUCCACUGUGGACUUGACCCUGUCAGCGGGAGGUACCUCUUCCCAAAGCAGUUCUCCUGGCUCCAGCGUUCCCAACUCACCAGCCAGCUCCGGCCACAUGCGACCCAGCUCUUUGCACGGCCUGGCUCCCAAACUGCAGCGCCAGUACCGCUCACCCCACCGCAAGCCUGCCGCUAACAUGCCACUGUCGCCACUGGCCCGUACCCCCUCACCUACACCUCCGGGCCGCUCACCACAGCGCUCGCCCUCCCCGCUGCCCGCCCACACCGCAGGAGCCUCCGGCACCGCUCAGGCCUUCCCCACCAGGCUGCACUCGUCGCCCCCAAUGGUGCGGCCCAUCAGCCGGUCCAAGCCCGCCGAGUCGCCCCGUUCGCCGCUGCUCAGGCGUGUGCAGUCCACCGAGAAGCUGUCCACCUCCUACUCGUCCUCUUCUUCUUCCUCAUCCUCUUCCUCAGUGGUCCUGGUGCAGAUGGGCAGUCUGCAGAAGCACCCAGCCCGUAAGCUGGUGCCUGCAGAAGACGCAGAGGCAGGGUCUGACACCAUAAGGCUUGGCCCGGGGAAGAGCAACCUGAAGGACAAACUCUCAGCCAUCCGGCAGGACCGGGCCGAGUGGCGGGAGUCCUUGCCAAAGCAGGAUGCCAUCCAUGAGGUGGACUCCUCCGAGGACGAUGCAGACGAGGUCUCUGAGGAAAACCAGGCCAGGGGACCUACCUCCCGUCCUCAGAGGCUUGUGGUCAAACCGGAGGACCCUCCUCUAAAAAGUAGCCUCUUGUCAUUUUCUCCUGGGUUCCCCUCCACUGCCAUGGCAAAGGUGCCACCCUCUACCCCUCUCCCUGAGAGAAGUGCUGGGGCAGCAGUAAAAGGGGCUGCUGGGAAGGGUGUCGGGAAACAGGUGGAGUCUGCUAUUAGCGCUCGAUUGUCUCUGUUCCCACAGCAACUGACACAUGGUGCCUUCUCCUUUACGACCAAAGGCGCCCCCUAUAGGCCGCUUCCCGCAGACCAAAACUCCUCCUUGAAUGAGGCGAAAGUUACCCAAGAGGUGCCACCCAAGAAGACCACCCCGUCCAGAGAUUGGGUGCCCUCAGCAGGUACCAGUGAGGAGAGAAAGAAGACAGACAAGAGGAAGCAGGCUAUGAGCACCACAGCCACUCAGCAGCUGGAGCAGUUGGUUUCCCAUCCAAUCAGCAUGGCAAAGAGCAUGAUGCCACCAGUCCGCAUGAGCAUGCCCAGUAUGAGGGCUUCUGAGAAGUCCAAGGACCUGCAGUCAGUGGCAAUGUCACAGUCAAAAAGUAAGGAGCAGAAGCAGGACCAGAGAACCCCAACCGCUACGAGCGUGUCCCUGCCCUGCAGGGACCCCUACACCCUGGCUGGGUCCUACAGGGAGGCUUCCAACCAAGAUUCCUUCAAAAGGGAGUCACUCUCAAGACAGCCCCCAUUUUCUCCGGACCUGGCUGCCACUCGGGACGGGUGGGGAGCCGCCAUGGCUAAGAACCUGAACCAAGCGCCCCCUAGUGGAUUAGCUGAGACAGGACUGGCUGUGGAGAAGCGCUUGCAGAUGGAGCGGCUCCUACAGACACAGGGCUUGCCGGCAGAGCAAACCAGGAGACAAACUGCUCCAGGUCCGGCAUCGAAGUUGCAGGGUCAAACACUCAAGAAAACGUAGCAGCGAGUGGAGAAAAGCCCAUUCCGGACUGAUUCCCCAAACGCCACCUGCACUCUUAGUAUUUUUUUUUAUCAUUAUCGUAAUUUUGCAGUUCUCGAUUGCUCGGAGACUGUCCUCCCAUAGUGAUGGAUCUUCUGGGGGGGGGGGGGGAGAUGGACAGCUCGUGUCCUCUCACUGAGGCCACGUGGAUGGAUUUUUGGUGGCCCGUUUCACCGACGCUUCUCACGUCACAGACAACGUCAGGCCCUCCAUCUGUUCCCGAACAGCGGAGCAGGUUGUGCCUUAAUGAACAUAAUAAUUCACGUUCAGCCACCUCCUACUCCAUUAGCCACCCCUGGGAGGGUGGGUGUAUCUCAGCAAUAAAGGAAGCAUAUGUUUAGCAGUUUACAUUACAUAUACAUUUAGCAGACUUCCUGUAUAAACCAAGCAUACGGAAUCAACUUUUUUUCCAUUUCCAAUGUGAGUUGUUUUUUUUCUUUUUUCAUUAUAGAGGUUGAAUGAACUAUUCUUUUUGUAUUUGGGACAGAGCUUUUCAAAACUGUUGUUCUGAAGAACUUGUGUGGUUCUGCGCUGUAAUGUCUAGGGAUUGGUUUUCAUGACGGUUUUCAGUUAUUUUCAUCCAGAGAUCCACGGCCCAUUGGGUGACACGGUCCUCAGGAUAUGUCCUUGACCUUCUGGGUGUGUAUGGGUGAGCCAUUUCAUUAGUGGGCCUGUCCUUCCAUCAUUGAGAUAAUCAUUUAAUCGCUGGGAUUUUCAUCUUACCACCAGGGCAAUAUUUCUGCAAUAGUAAUUUCAUCACUAGGAUAGUCAUUUGAUUUCUUAAAUCGUCAUUUAAUUACUGGGAUAGUCAUUAAUCAAUAAAAUAGUCAUUUCAGUCAGUCAAAACAUGAAGCCUCAGAAAGGCAAUUUAUUCGUUUUCACCCCCAAUGGAGAAUCCUUCAGAUUGCUGCUGAAUAUAUUCUUUUUUUGUCUGUUUUCUCAUCUGUUCCCUUCUAGUUCUAUGCUGUAAAACCUUAGUGGUUACUUUUUUAGGUACACCUGCUCUUACACACAAACAACCAAUCAUGUGCCUCACAGAGCAUACAAAGACAAGGUUAGGAGGUUGAGUUACUGUUUGGCUAUGCGAUGUAAUGGAUAAGGUGCAGAGUUGGGUACUGCCUGCUACUCUGUAGGGGUGCCUUUUCAAGUGCCCACUGAGUGUGUGUGCUUUUUAUAUUUACAUUCUGCUUGUACUGCUGAGAGAGGUGGCCAUCUUGGUUCUUGUACAUUCCUCUCGGCCACUUCCUACCGCCAUGGCGCGCUUGAUUGGCCACACGUCCCUUUGUUUUCUUAUUCUGAUGAUUGCAGUGAGGGGGGGCCACCUGGGACUUGACCCAGCAAGCUUCUGGUUACAAGGCCUGUUCCACUUUAUAAAUGACAGGCCAGGUCACUUGACUCGUUCUGCUCUUGCAUCGUUUCAUAGUACCUGCUUGGCUUGUUGGACGCCCACCCCUGAGGCUCAUGGCUGUGCGGCGUCAGCGUUUCUGCUGCGACAGACCUGCAGAGGGCAAGAAGCGAGUCACAAAUGAGGCACAGGAACGGGAAGGAGUGGAAGCUGAGCACCGCUAAUUAGUCCGUGCUGACUGGAGGCCCGAGGACACGGGCAGCUCCCAUCUGGCUCUGCUAAGUGCAUGCCAGGACGCUACACUGCGAUGGUUAGCAUAUAGAUCAAUAUCCAAUUUGUUUGCACCCCGCCUCGCAGAUCACGGCCGUAAUGAGCAGCAGCAAUGCGACAUCUCCCGCUCUGUAAGAGGAGACGUUUAACCACUGCCAGUCAUGUUUCUGCAGUGUGACACUUCCUCUAGGCGUGAUGGCAUAUGGUCAUGUGACACUAGUGGAAAGUGGGGGGGGGCACGGAUGGUACAUAGAGAUGGGAGUAGAGGCAGGUUUGAUAAAAAAAAGGCACCAGGAUAAAUGUAAACAAAAAAAUUGCGUCAAUGAAGGUGAAAACAGAUACACAAGAAACCAGUAGGUCUUGGAGGUGUGUCGGGAGGGUGAAACAUCACACUCUACCACGUUCUACCACGAUUUUAUUCAGUUAGCUCAGUUUUUAUUUUCAAUUUGAAUAUAACAUUAUAUUCCACAAAACAUUGCAGUCCAAACUCAAUGUUGGGCUUUAGGUUGUACAGGAGCUGGCCAGCAGGUCAUACUGUGUGGACAUGAAGCUGAGACUGCAGGAUGAGUUCAUGUUUAAGGUGAUUAAAUCUAAUUAAACAUCACCAAUCUGUUAAUACCACAGAUAAAUUAAAUGGAUUACAGAGAAAUUUCAUUUUACAUCCCUCUUACAACUUCAGGGAAGCCCAGGGCACUGUACUGGGGAGACCCCGGACAGGAUGCCAGGCCAUCAUUGGGCACAAUGUGCCACUUAUAAUCUUCAGGUUUUCUAGUUUGUUUUUGGAGGAAACCCAUGUAUCAUGUGGAGAGCAUGCAAGAUGCCCCCAUACCCCUAACAGGAUCCAGCUGUGCUGCUGUGAGCCGUCAGUGCUGCGUAUUGAGAGCCACCAUGCUGUCAUUAGUUUCUGCUGUAUGGAAACUAUAUGGUAACCCUGAAUUAUGGGGAAUGGCGUGGACCUGGGGUACAGGAGUCACCUAGUGGUACAGAAGUGCAGAGUGGAACCCCAGCAGUUCUCUGGGGAACAGAUGUUCCACCCUGAGACUGAAGCACAUGUUGCUGGAGGACAUCCAAGACCUUCUUGCCACGUCUGAAGCCCACUGUAUCCCCCAUUUGCACACAGGUUGCUGUCAGUCUUGGAGGGCCUGAGAGCUGGACUCACGGUUUCUGUAGGAUGCAAGGGUCGGCCAUCUUGUUUAUAAACUGACUUAGCUCAGUGCUCUUCAGUGCAUGUGUGUAAGGCAGAGCAUUGUGGAAUAAUGGGUGCUGGGGUCUGUUCAUUUGGUUACGGCAAGAUCAGUGUGAUGUUUGAUAACUGUAGUAAGUCAAUGUUGCCAUGAAGCUCUCUUUAUUAUAAUAAAUUUUUAAACGAAAAUGUGGCUGAAUUUUAUAGGUUGACCUUUAGUAGUUAUGAGACUUAAAAACAUGGCUUUGAAGAUCGCUUAGCCCUGUCUUGGCUGUGAGGGAAGCUCAGUGGGUUAGGAUUCUGUGCCUGUAAUCAGGUGGUAGGUUGAAGUCCCAUGGAAACACACUGCUGGCGUCUUUGGGCCCUUAAUCCCUGAUUGCUCCAGGAUGGAUGAUGGUUAACGCUGAGACCCACACACUCGCUCUCACCUGUGUUUGUGUGUCUAAUGGAAAACAAGACAGAAUUGGUGAAGACAUAAUUGCUCCAUGGGGAUGAAUAAUGUGUCACCGUCAUAUUCUGUUAAUCACAGCCCGGUUUUAUCCAGUAAGAGUGAAUUAAGUAUACAAUGGGAAAUGCUUUGAAUCAGGAUGUGACUGACAAUGGACAUUGGACCACAUUACUGCACUGGAGCCCAGCACUUCUCCUCAGCGAGCUGGAUAAAAACACCCUUGGCCCGUAGGGCUGCCUGGUCCGAAUUCGGGUGGCUGACCAGUCCCUGGAUUUCGCUGUGGUGGGGGGGUGUGCUCUUUGGAAGGUUCCCCCCCCCCCGAUGGCAAGCCCUGACAGCCGGCAGCGGCGAUGAUGAAUGGCUGCCCUGGCCUACUGCUGACAGCGGCCCUCGCGGCCCACCGUCACGUCACAGCCCGCCCCACCUGCAGGGCCGAGCUGCCGAGCUCUCAUUAAGGGCAGCGGGCAGAAAAUGAGACACCCCCCAACUGCUGACAGAGAGCAAAUGGGGAAGAAUGGGAGGGAAUGGAUUGAGGCAGCGGGCAACGCCAGCGGGGUGCAGAGGUAAGACAUGGCUGCUCUCCUUUGUCCUUCAAUUGAGAUUAACUGGCUGC